AUGCCAUCAGAUCUAGAGCAACUCAUCGAGAUGGGCUUUGAUGCGGAAAGGGCUCAGUUAGCAACCUCCAGAACAGGAGGCUUGCAAGGAGCACUCGAAUGGCUUGAGGCCAACCAAGACAAAUCCCUCGACGAGAUCAAAGCUUCCUCCACAACACAGCCGGGCGCAGAUCCAGAUGAGCCACCAGCGUUAAAACCGGGGGAAGAAGCGAGAAGUCUUGUCUGUAACGAGUGUGGGAAGCGAUUCCGCAGCCAGGCCCAAGCUGAAUUUCACGCAUCGAAAACUGAACAUGUUGACUUCGCGGAAUCGACGGAGGAAAUUGCCCCGCUGACGGAGGAGGAGAAGAAGGCUAAACUUGAGGAGUUACGGCAGAAGUUAGCCGCAAAAAAGGCGCAGAGGUCGGAACUGGAUAAAAUUGAUCAGAAGCGGAAUGAGGAAAUACGCAAAAAAUCUACGAAGGAGGUACAAGAUAUCAAAGAAGCGCUCCAAAAGAAAGAACAGCUGAAAGAAGCCGCAAAGAAACGGCGAGAAAAGCAGGAGGAAAUAGAAGCCAAGGCACGGAUACGAGCAAAGAUCGAGGCUGAUAAGGAAGAGAGACGGCUGCGCGCUGAGAGAGAGAAAGCGGAACGCCAGGGUCGUGCCCUUCCCCCUACCGCCACGCCUACUACACCCCUUACUGCAACAACACCCGCGACGUCGAAGCCGGCUUCAGCAUAUACGGAAUCUAGAUUACGCUUGCAGACACCGACCGGCAAUGUUAUGAAAACUUUCCCCGUCGAUACGACGCUGUUCGAGGUGGCGGCGGCACUAACCCAGGAAAACGGGAUGGAGGUUCAGAGCUUUACGCUGAAUUUCCCUCGGAAGGUGUUUGAUGCGGAGUCGUUCGGGGAGACGCUGAAGGAGCUUGGGUUAGUUCCUAGUGCGAGCUUGAUUGUGAAGUAG